AUAUUUAUCUUAUCAUCAUCACAUUUCUUCACCAAAAGUAACAACACUUAGCUCCACUAUUAUCAUCAGUAAUGUGUUCAUCUGUUACUAAUGUCUUUGAGACUGGCAAAUACACCACUCAGCUACAAACUGUUGAUUCUUGUUCAUAUAAACAACAUGCUCCACCACCAAAAUCUCUUUUGAUUGCAACUCCUAUUGAAGGUGGAAAAUUCCCAAUUCUACUUUUUCUUCAUGGAUAUGUUCUCUUAAACUCAUUUUAUUCUCAGCUUAUUCAACAUGUGGCUUCUCAUGGCUUCAUUGUCAUUGCUCCUCAGUUGUAUACAGUGGCUGGACCUGAUAUAAGUGAUGAGAUAUAUUCAGUAGCUGCAAUAACAAAUUGGCUAUCAGAAGGACUUUGCAAGAUUCUUCCACCAAACAUAGAACCAAAUUUUCAAAAGUUAGCCCUCGGGGGCCAUAGUCGUGGCGGCAAGACAUCAUUUGCUAUAGCUCUAAGAAAACUAAACAUCACACCUGAUCUAAAAUUUUCAGCCAUAAUAGGAGUUGAUCCGGUUGAUGGAAUGGAUAUAGGAAAGCAAACAUCACCACCAGUUCUCACUUAUGUUCCUCAUUCAUUCGAUUUCGAUAUGGCAACAUUGGUUAUAGGUUCUGGUUUAGGUGAUGUAAAAAGGAACCCUUUGUUCCCUCCUUGUGCACCUAAAGGUGUCAAUCAUGAGAAUUUUUUUAGUGAAUGUGACAAACCUUGUUGGUACUUUGUGGCUAAGGAUUAUGGUCAUGUUGAUAUGUUGGAUGAUGAUACUAAAGGAGUUAGAGGGAAAGCUAGUUAUUGUUUGUGUAAGAAUGGAGAAUCUAGGAAGCCUAUGAGGAUGUUUGUUGGAGGAGUUAUGGUUGCAUUCUUGAAAGCUUACUUGAAUGGUGAUAAUGGAGAGUUGUUGGCUAUUAGAGACAAGAAGGUGAGUGUACCUGUUGAGAUCAAAUUUGAUCAUUAUGUAUGAUAAUUAGAAAGAUGGGAAGUUUAUGUUUUUGACAUUUUGUUUUACUUGUAAGUCAAGUAAUGACACAAUAGCCAUAUCUAUACAUUUUACAUGUACAUGAACAUAUGUGUUUUCUUUUAUAAAUGUUUUAUUUUAUAAAUGUACAUUACAAUAGGUAUAAGAGGCCCACACAGGGCCAGGUUAAACAUAGAAACUGCAAUUUUUUUUUCUUUCCGGGGAUCAAGUUUGUUACUGGUUUGUCCAAGAUUCAUCUUAUAUUCAUGGAUGAAAUUGGUAACUUGAGCAAUUUGUCAUCUCAAAGUUCGAUAGUCCCUAUAAUCAUUGAGUCAAGUUGAUGGAAAACUUGUUUUAUUCCAAGAAGAAUUGGAGUCUAAUCGAACAUGGAAUCACGAUUGCUUUGUCUGGUGCAACGUUGGAGCAUUACAUGUUGGUUGAUGAUAGCAUGCUCAAAGAUUUGAAGGUCAAGAAUGUCUCUUUUCACACUAUAACAUUUUUCCUCUUUGACAAUAAUUAUUCACACGCUUGAAAAUAAUUCAUGUUCGAUAAACAUAAAAAAAAUACUCGAGAGUUCUUGCACAAGAAAUAUUAGAGCUUUACAAAGGUCAAUAGUGCAUAUUUAAUUUGCUUGGUCUUCCCAAUGAAAUUGAGAUUCUUAGAAUGAAGGAAGGUGAGAAUAUGGAUCAAA